UGGAAACUUUAAUUCCAUAACAGUUAGUAUUCCUUUCCCAUAGAGUCAAGAUGGGGUGUGCUAGUGAAAGCGGAAUAAGGAGAAUCCUGAUGAUGGUGAUCUUGGCGGUGGUCACUGUGUCGUAUGCCGAUGCAGGAAAACGAAAGUGCAGAUACAACGGAAAUAAAUUUAAUAUAGGAGAGGAAGUUCUUGGCCUCCCUGAUCACUGCUGCUCCCUCACGUGCGCAUCCGAGGGAGGGAAAGGCAGUAAACCGAAGCAGACGAGGGCCAUUUUGACUCUCGAAUUCACCAGCCUCGACUCCUGUAGCUGUCAGUCACCCUCUCGCUCUGUCCUCAACCUCACAGCUGUUCUGAACCCACGCCAACUCAAGCGCUGGGGUUCUGAAGGUAAGCUGAAACCGAAGCCGAAAUCGGAACGCAGAUCGAAACUCGGAUCGAAUAACAAAAAUAAGAAAAAGUACAAGAAAGACAAUAACAAGAGGGCGAAGAGGAAGGGAGAGAGGGCAAAGAAGAGGAAAGGAAAGUGUGUCUUCAACGAUAAGAAAUACAAAAGUAAUGAAAUCGUGGAAGGAGUGGCCAGCCGGUGUUUCGACUUGGUGUGUCAGGCGAAGCGGAGGAAGAAAAAAGGAAGUGUUGAAGUUGUUCCGAGGACUGAUUGCACGUGUUCGGACGAUGCGGGUGAGGGCAGCUGAUA